AUGCAGAAAGUAUCACUCGAAGAUGAUGGAACGGGUCAUGUAUGGCACAUACUCAAGAGUACAAAUGAAGGGAAGGAGGCCAAAGAGGUAGUAUUCACCGCUAAUGGGAUCAUAUGCAGCCUAGACCUACCCCCCCUGUUCAAAGUUCCAAAGUCAUUAUCAGACAAGCCAAGCAUGCUAUCGCAAAAAAUAACAAUUACGGGAUUAGGGUCAAGAUAUUUUGAGGAGGCAAUGGAGGAACCGAAAGAGGUGAGCCUGACGGCAGAAAGGGAGUUCAAGCAAGAGGCGCUAAAACAAUGGAGACCAACCACAUACCACAGUUUCGACGCAAUGGAGUCUACCAACUGA